UCAGUGCAGAGAAUCCUUUUUGAAAGCAACAUGGCAGAACCCGCUCCAGCUCCCGCCGCUCCGGCCAAGUCCCCGAAGAAGAAAGCCACCAAGCCGAAGAAGGCGGGCCCUAGUGCCGCUGACCUCGUGUUGAAAGCUGUCACCGACUCCAAGGACCGCAAAGGGAUUUCCUACUUCGUGGUGAAGAAGGAGCUGGCCGCUAAAGGCAUCGAUAACGCCAACCAGGUGAAACGCGCCGUGAAAAAGUUAGUCGAGAGUGGAGCUCUGGUGCAGGUCAAGGGAACCGGAGCCAGCGGCUCCUUCAAGGCAGCCAAGGCGGCCGAGAAGCCCAAGAAGGUAGCGAAGAAGCCCGCAGCCAAAGUCAAGAAGCCGGCAGCAGCAGCAGCCAAGAAAACCGCCGUCAAGAAACCAGCAGCUAAGAAGGCGAAGGCAGCAACACCCAAGAAGGCGGCGAAGAAGCCCGCUGCUGCAGUCAAGAAAACCCCCGUGAAGAAGGCCACAAAGAGCCCCAAGAAGAAGCUGGUUAAGAAGGUAGCGACCCCCAAGAAGGCAGUCACCCCCAAGAAGGCUGUGAAGAAGGUGGUUAAAGCCAAAGCUGCCAAACCAGCGAAGAAGGCUGCAGUCAAGAAACCAGCCAAGAAGUAAAAACAUCUUCUACUUCACCUACAAACGGCUCUUUUAAGAGCCACCCACACCCUCCAAAGAGCUUUACUCCUUUUAAUAUUUAUUUUCUAUUCCAGACUUUAAGUGCAUAUCAGAAGUGAAUUCCCAGGUAACUGAAAUGUUCUUAUUUUCCCACAGCUCCCAGACUCAUUUGUUACAAUACAUAUAGAUCCUUUGAGAAAGUAUUACCCAACCACAUUACUGUCAUACUUGCUAACACUCCCUGCUUGUGUGUUUCACUCCGUCCCUCUGCCCAUAAAGACCCCCUGAAACAACAACAUGCUGUUCCAUAGGUCCCUCUGCAGACAGCAGCACUGUUUGUAGAUCUAUGAAGGGAUUUAGUUUUAUUCUUGUGAUUAUCAGAAACCAAUAUUGUAAUUCUUAUUAAUAUUAUCAUAUAUCUUAUUAUCUACACAUGUGAUUGUUUAAUAUCUCAAA